AUGCCAGCUUUUGAUGCGGCCAGCAAUCUAAUGAAAGCCUCUUGGUUGCUGCUGCUUAUCGCGACGCGAGGGACAGCCGUGGGUCCUGCCAUGCGUGAGAUCGAACGCGUCAUCGGCACUCCAAGCAUGCGUGCAAAUGCCUACGGCACAGACCUUACAAAAUGCAAGUUGAUCGAGGUAUCGGACCUAGUCAAGGUAAAGAAGCUCUUUACCGUCUUCGACGGUUCCUACCAAGGGUUCGCGAUUGGGGACUUUAGGCAGAUGUCGGGGCCAUCCGGUACUCUCCUGAGCAGAUACUCUCCGUCUGACUCAAAACUUAGGGUUGACAUCGGCGCUUUGCAUGGCAAGCUGGAGAGUAUGGGACCUGCGGUGAUUGGUCUCUUAUUGCCUGAUUGA